AGUGUUGACAUUAGAUCGGCUGCAAGUUCGCUUAUUCCGCGUAUCAUUUUAACCGUUUGGUGCAGUGUUUAUGUUGGGUGCGCGCCGCCCGUUUCGUCCGGCGUGCUGGAGGGACGUCGCCCUCGAGGAUUCCUAUUAGAGAUGAAGCGGCGGGUGGUGUUACGAGCGGCGGCGAGGUGAGGCAGCGGCAGCGGCAUGGACCAUGCGGUGAAGGCGAUGUCGGCGCGCGGGCCGCUGUCCCGACUGGUGGCGCGGCGCCGCUUCGAGUCCGCCGAGCUCGAGGAGCUGUACGCGCGCUACGCAUGCAAGCUGCAGCGUACCUCCGUCGGCUCCGCGCUGGCGCUGUGGGCCCUGCUCGCCGCUGCGCUCGCCGCUGUCGACGCUACCCGCGGCUGGCGGAGAGCACCACAGGUCGGCGUAUUGACCGCACACGCACUGCUAUGUAGUGGGUUAGCGUGGUGGUGCGGGCGCGCCGGCGUGGCUCCAGAGAGGAGAUUACCACGAGCUUGCUGGUUGGCCCUGGCUGGCGGUGGUGUCGCCCUGGCCGCCACGCUGCCAGCCUGGAACACCGGGGCAGCGGCUGAAGGCGCCGCUCACGUGGUGUGGGCAGUGUUCGCCGCAUAUGCGCUCCUACCAGUCGGGGCCCCCGUCGCUGCGGCCUUUGGCAUCAUCCUUCCGACCGCGCACACCAUCGCAUCAGCACUCGUCGCUAAUCGUUUCCCGUAUCACGUUUGGCAGCAGAUGGUGGGCAACGUAGUGGUGUUUGUGUGCGUGAACGUGGUGGGGGCCUUGAUGCACUCGCUGAUGGAGACGGCGCAGCGCCGCGCUUUCCUCGACACCAGGAACUGCAUCGCGGCCCGGCUGGAUAUGGAAGACGAGAAUGAGAAACUGGAACGAUUGCUUCUAUCGGUGCUACCACAACACGUUGCCAUGGAAAUGAAGAACGAUAUCAUCUCACCAGUCGAGGGCCAAUUCCAUAAGAUCUACAUACAAAAGCACGAACAAGUCAGCAUCCUGUUCGCCGACAUCGUGGGCUUCACGGUGCUCGCAUCGCAGUGCAGCGCUCAGGAGCUGGUGCGGCUACUCAACGAACUCUUCGGCCGAUUCGAUCAGCUCGCCAAUGACAACCACUGUCUCCGCAUCAAGAUCCUGGGUGACUGCUACUACUGCGUGUCCGGGCUGCCCGAGCCACGGUCAGACCACGGCCGCUGCACCGUCGAGAUGGGGCUCGACAUGAUCGAUGCUAUAGCGUCUGUCGUGGAAGCGACGGAUGUCCAACUGAACAUGCGCGUGGGUAUCCACACAGGGCGGGUGCUAUGCGGCGUCCUGGGCCUGCGCAAGUGGCAGUACGAUGUAUGGUCCAAUGACGUCACGCUUGCGAACAAUAUGGAGGCUGGCGGCGAACCAGGGCGUGUGCACAUAACGCAAGCGACGCUCGAGUGCCUCGGUGGCGCUUACGAAGUGGAGCCGGGUCACGGAGGCAGUCGGAACGCGUACCUUCGGGACCAUUCCGUGCAGACUUACUUCAUCAUUCCGCCGCCAAGACGGAGAAAAAUGUGUCUAUCAGCUGGCGUGGGCCUUGGCUCAGCGUCUCGUCGGAAGCUCUCUUUCAAGAACGUUUCCAACGUGGUGGUGCAGCUGCUGCACUCCAUCAAGUUCAACGUGGACGUGCCCUUCUCCAACAUGGCCGCCUCCCCUCAGGAGCUCAAGGCCAACGCCGCUAGGAAGAACAAAGUGACGGAGAAGUUUAAGCGUCCGUUGAAAAAGCGCCACUCGUCUGUGUACCACCAGCCCACGAACCGCGUGAACAAAUACCUGGCGCAGGCCAUAGACGCGCGCUCCGUGCACCGCGAGAAGGCCACGCACGUGCAUCUGCUCACGCUCUGUUUCAAGGAUGCUGAUAAGGAAGCUCAGUACCGAGCAUCAACAGACGGCGGUUGGGCGGGUUCCCUAUCCGCUGCUCUCUGUGCCUUAGUAGCCGCCGGGGCCUUACAAGCGUCCAUUCUACCACAAACCUACAUACUCCUUAUACUCUUCGUGACGGCCUUCGCGUGGUCUGCUGCAGUGCUGGCGCUGACGCUAGCUGCAAGGCUCAGGCUUAUACCCUGCGAUGUGUCCCGGCCUUUUACACUGAGGAAUGCUAUUACCACCUUCACUAUUGUACUGGGGUAUGCUGUUGGGCAGGUUAAUGUGGUAACAUGCGAGCACAUAGAACUAUGUCGAAACCUAACUGGCAACACCACAACCAUGGACGAAGUGCUCACAAUGCGAGGCGACGUUGCCGCUCAUCUCUGGUCCAGCCAUACAGAACAUUUAGCGUGCCCAGUCCCACUAUACAUAACCUUAGGCUGUUGUCUCAGUAUGCUGGUCGUAGCAGUCUUCCUGAGGCUACCGAUAUUGGUGAAGGGAAUACUUCUGUCUGUGAUGACGGCUGGAUAUAUGGGAGUCAUAUUGGGCUUCCAUAAGGCGCUGUUCGACUGUUAUGAUUUGAUGGUUGAUCCAGGGUCAGUGGGUUCAGCAUACGUGGCAAGCGCAUGGACCGUGGCAUUAGCUCUAGCAGUACUGUUGCAUGCUCGUCAGACGGAGUGGACGGCACGGCUCGACUUCUUGUGGCAGGCCCAGGCCAGGGAUGAGAAGAGGGAUAUGGAUGCUUUGCAGGCGUCAAACCGAAGGAUUCUGUUCAACCUUCUACCAGCGCAUGUGGCAACACACUUCUUGGAUAACCAGUUUAGAACGAACAUGGACCUGUAUCACCAGUCGUACCAGCGCGUGGGAGUGGUGUUCGCGUCCAUCACCAACUACCACGAGUUCUACAUGGAGCUGGACGGCAAUAACCAGGGCAUGGAGUGUCUGCGGCUGCUCAACGAGAUUAUCGCUGAUUUUGAUGAGCUUCUGGGAGAGGAUCGUUUCGGUGCGAUAGACAAGAUCAAGACUGUGGGCUCGACAUACAUGGCCGCAGUGGGCCUCAUCCCCGACAGGAAGAUGACGGACGAGCCCAGCACGCGCAAGCACAUGGCCACGCUCGUCGAAUUCGUGUUCGCCAUGAGGGACAAGCUCAAGGAUAUCAAUGAUAACUCCUAUAACAACUUCAUGCUGCGAGUCGGUAUAAAUGUUGGUCCAGUAGUAGCUGGUGUCAUAGGUGCAAGAAAACCACAAUACGAUAUCUGGGGUAACACGGUCAAUGUAGCAUCUCGCAUGGAUUCCACUGGGCUACCGAACCACACGCAAGUCACCGAAGAGGUGUACCAAGUUCUGAAAGAUAUGGCAUACCAGUUCGUGUGUAGGGGGAAAGUCAAAGUUAAGGGUAAAGGUGAGAUGACCACAUACUUCCUCACAGAUAGAGCUCCAGCUAACGGGACAUUGCAGAGCACAUCGAAUGGUCCCACACCCAACCCGCCUACCGCAUACGGCGGAGUUGCCACUCCUCUCGCCAUGCUACAGAACUCUGCCAGACGAGCCGCCGCACAGCCUUCACGAUUGCCUCCCUUGAGGGAGUCGUCAGUCGCGGGAGAGAACGAACCGCUGCUACCAACUAAUGGGCAUCAGAGCAACGGGAACAAUAAGGGCAGUAAAGGUCGGCGCAACACGUCAGGGUCGAGCAGUCCGCCCGCGCCGCCGCCGCACGCGGGCGUGGCGCGCUGGCCGCCGCCGCGCGCGCUGGUGGCGCCGUGGCCGCGGCCGGCCGAACCGCGCCCCGCCGCGCCGCUCAAGCGCCGCGCCGCGCGCCUGCCGCGCCCGCGCUCGUCCGAGAGCCUGCCGCUCGCGCGCUCGCCGCGCGUGCACUCCUCCGCCGACGAGCUCAGCUCGCUCACGCGCUCGCCCAGCCUCAGCUCCUCCGACGAGAGCUACUCGCGCACCACCGACGCCUCGCCCUCGCCGCCCCGCGCGCACCACUACCCCGCGCGGCCCAGCCCCGCCUACGACUACCCGCCGCUGCGCCCCGCCAAGCCCACGCUCAACCACAUCGACGACCUCUACGCCAAACAUAAUAAGAUCACCAAGAAGCCUUCCCUCGAAGACAAAUUUCUGGAUGGAAGUGUGGACUUUCAAAAGGAAGAGGAAAAGUUACAGAGGAGUAUCAUAAACAUGCUUCAAGCAUCCGCCGCUAAGCGCGAUGGCUGCUGCCAAACAGACAAGAAGGACGUAGCGAGUCGACUUGGACAGCGGGCUGAUUCAUUUUCGAGUUCAGGCGGCCGACCCACGAACUUGAAACAUCUGAAUCAUGAUACCCGCGAACCGUUUGCCAAGCGCAGUCCGUCCGACGUGGCCUGCGUGCCGCCCUUCGAACGAGAGAUUCAAAGAUUACUCGACGAUAAGAAUCUCAUUAAAAUCAAUCCACCGAAAUCCGAGAGGAAGGAGCUGAAACUCGAACUCAGGGCCACGAACCCGUCGCUAGAGCCGCUGCGCAACAAUAACAACAACAACAGCAGCCCGCUGCACGCGGUGGGUCUGGCCGCCAUCGCGCAGGUGGCGCGUGACGCCGCCAGCCCCGCGCGGCCGCAGGACUUCCCCGGCGUGCUGCCCACCGACGUCGUCGUGCAGCUGCCCUCGCCCUCGCACACACCGCACCGACACAGUCCGCCUUGUGAAAGGAAACCGGAUCCAAUUGCAAUCCGGGAAAAGGAGAGAGAGAAAGAAGCCCAGGAGAGACUACAUCACCGGGUGGCCGCUUCUCAUCAUAGAGAAAUGGGUAUCUACGGGGAGAGUCAAUCCGAGUGGAGCUCGUCGUGUUCGGAGGGCGAGGGCGAGGGCGAGGGCGGGCAGCCGGAGAGCACGGGCUACACGACUGACGACCCGGCGCUGGAGAACGUGUCCAUGCUGAACGAGGCCGGGCUCACGGACGCCGAGGCGGCGCUGAGCGACGUGAACUCGUGCUACUUCGACCGCGACGACAUGUCGUCCCGCGCCUCGUCGCGCCUGCUGGACUCGGAGGCGCUGGUGUCGCUGGAGUCGCUCAGCGCCAUCUACGACUCGGACGAGCCGCACCGCUACCUCGCCAACAUCCGCACCGUCAGCGAGUCCAUCACGCGCAACUUCGGCCAGCCCGCGCACGUCACCGACGCCGAGAGUGAUGUCUAAUACUGUGAUAUGUCGUGAUAACCUCCGAUUUGGUUCCGACUGUGUUUCGUGUACGUUUCGACUGUUUCUCUCGUGUACUGCCUUUAGGUCAAUUGUGAUAGCUAAAUCUCAAAUUAUUGAACUCUCAUGACAGAGACUCUUCACGUUUUCGAUUACGAACAUUUAACGGAGGAACAGUUUGGCUCUCUAUUGCAAAGAAAUGAAUACUCAAAACGUUUUUGUUCCCCGCUGUUUGUUUCGGUAAUAAGACGAUUGGUGAGCGUAUAGACGAAGCGCAUAGUUUUUCGCGUACGCGGACAUAAUUAUUUUAUCGUAAUUGCUGACGUGCCUGUACUUUGAUGAUUUUGUACUAUGUAAAUUGUGUCAAUAUGUACCUAUUAAUGUUACACUGUAUGAUAUUCAUGUACAGCUGAAUGUGCCAUGUGAUGGCGUGAUGCAUCAUCUGUAGGAGUGUGCGAUGAUCUCUACAAUUAUAAGGUGCUCUGACUUAGAAUUAUUUAUGGUUUGUCUUGUGAUAACGGUAUAGGAAUUCGAAUUUGAGCGACCAAUCUCUGUUAAUGUCAGUGUUCUAGAGUAAGGGCUGGCCCCUGUCCUGUAAAGUCUAGUUUGUCUCCCGGUUUUGUGACACGGAGGACUUAGUAAAGUGUUGACAACUAUACGUAAGUACGUAAGUAUAUUGCAUUUCAAACUAUCUAUAGAGUAAACAUUGUUACCACUGCUGGAUGAUUAUGCUUUGUAGUAUUCUGUUUAUCUGCGUUAUGUAUCUUUUAUAAUAUAAUUAUGUAUGUAUCUCGAAUUUUGCAAGGUCUUGUCAAUUUUCAUAAACAUUUUUCUACAAAUAGUGGCCCUUUUGACAUUUUCUUUCGGCAAUCUAGUCACUAAUGGUUUUCAAAAGUUUGGUCGUUUCUUAAUGAAUGUAGUGCCAUUAUCAGACCGCGUUGUUUUCUCUUAUGUACUUUAUUGAUGAGAUGUCGUUUACUAGAGGAGGAGAGGUAAUAUCAUGUAGUUUUAAGUAAACAGCCGUGAGACUUGAAAGUACAACCAAUAUAACACCACUAGUGAAUAUUUGUUGUAGAAUAUUCUCUGUAUUAUGUAAUAAAUAUCAAUUAUUUUUUUUAUUUAAUUGUAAUAUAAGUUCGUGUCAAUUUCAUGUAAUUAUUGUUUAAGAUGAAAACAUGUUAUAAUAAAAGAAAAAAACUAAUUUGGGGCACAAUAGCUCCCCUGGCUGUAAGUACAUAACUGUUAUGCGUCGCAUCGUUACUUGAUUUAACAUGUACUUAACAAUUAAUUUGGAAGCCGAUCCGAGAUUCAUUGGUAAUAUUAUUAUGUAUUAUUUUUGGGCAGCUUUAUUUUGUACUGAACUGAUUAUAUCAGUCAUAGUUAAUCUUCCUAUGUUUUUAAUUUUUAUAAUGAAUAUUUGAGAUAUGUACUUACAAGUUACAAAAAAAAGAGUUUUCUGUAUAAAUGUUUCAUUAAUACGGCUCGUGCUUCUAUUGUAGUAUUAUUACUUACAUCACAAUUUGAACUUAUUUUUCGGCUGCUAAAAGUGAGUUGAGAGAUGUUAAUGUCUGAGAACUGUAAAUAGGACGAGCACGGUGCAGUGCUCCAGUGAGAUCUAGAGAUUGUUAAUCUUUGUAAAUAUUGUUAAUCACCUGUCAAGUGCUAUUCCACUUACAAUACAUACGUAAGUAUAUCACGCUGUGAACAUAUAUUAUUUUUUGAAGGAAUUCUCUUGUUUGCUAUUUUUAUUCUCAGUAUUUCGAUUAGUGUUUUUCAUGUUGAUGUAUGUACACAUAGUGCCAAACUAUUUUUAUGUGUAUGCUUGUAAACAAAACGACUUAUAAGUUUGACGCUUGGAUACUAUUGUUUUUAUAUAUAAAAGUUUGUACUUCAUUUAGAUUUAAAUUCAAUUAAAAUCAAUUCAAAUAAUUGACAAAGAGAUCUGACGUCUAGUGAACCUUGGUAGGCAAGUAGUUGAAGAAUAUUUUGAAUGUUUUUAAUAUACUCAUUGAAGAAUUACUGCAUCUUUAUUAUAGUAAUUCAAUGUAUCGGACAGUCACAUUAUAUAUGAUUAAAUUCUUAGAAUACAAAACAUUUUCGAUUUUUUGCUGCAAUAUUCACAUUAACGCUGUUUACAAAACUGACGCUGAGUAUAAAUAAUUAAGUGUUAUGACACAACCAUGACCUGAGCACAAAGUAUAACAAAAACUUUUGUUUUUAAGUUUUAAUGUGAAUAAGUAACAGCUUGCAUACAGAUUACCUACAUGUUAUUAUCUCAUAGAAAUUAUAUUGUCAUGUAUAAUUUGUGUAGGAUACUUGAAUUGCGCCUUAUGUAGCAAGUGUAUUGUGUAUUUUUAUUUAUUUAAAUUCAAUUACCUAAGCAAUAUUAAUUACUUAUUACAAAUUAAAAGUGGUUUACAUCA